UUCAGUUUCCUCACCCACAGACCACAGCUAGUUUGCUGCUCGUGUGGUGUAUCUAGGCUUGUCCCUCCCAGUACAUCAGUUAUUCAAGGAAAGGGAGGAAAUUAGAUCUGGAGAUUGCUGCAGAUUGGCCCAUGGGUUAGAUAUUCCAACCGUACGUAGCUGCUGGCGUUUAAAGGAUUGAUUUGAUUCACCAUGCCUGGACUGGAGGACAUCAGGAUCCAGGCACAAAACAUCGAUGCUGCGGUAGAAGAGAUAAUUAGUGUUUUGGAGGACACAAGCAAAGGAAAUGUGAUCUACUUCCAUGGAUGGCGGCGAUUAGGGGCUUCAGCGGCACUAAAGGUGGUUGCCCAACGUCUGAAAUCAUCAAAAUCAAAGUUUGACAAGGUUAUUCAUGUGGAUUGCUUUGUGUGGAAAAGCAUGAGGGCCCUGCAAAAGGCAGUAGCAGAGGAGCUGGAGCUUCCGCUGUCUGUGAUGGCUAUCUUCGAUCGGUGUGACGAGGACGACGAUUUCAAUGGGAUAGAGCAAGGGUCCAGAGGGGUGAUAGAAGAUAUCAGCAGGGAAAUAUGCAGAAAGCUUCUCAACAGUAGAUUUGUGCUGUUUUUUCUCAACGGGAGCAGAAGAUAUAUUGAUUUCUACGAGUGUGGUGUCCCAACAAUACCACUUUUGGGUAACAAGGUGUUGUGGACCUGGCACGGGAGGUUUCGGCUCGAUCUCGUGCUAGAUGACGGGGAACCAGAAAAGAUGAUGAUGCAGACUAAUGUUUAUCUAAAGAUGAUGAUGCAGACUAAUGUUUAUCUCCGUACUUCUCAUGGAUAUGUUUCUGAACAGUUCUGUAAUCUAGUUCAUGAAGAGGCCGAGGAGGUUGCCACUUGCACGAGGAUUGCUAAGCCUGGCUAUAUGAACCACAAGGUAGUGAAGCAGUGCGUCCUGUACGCCCUGUACGGAUGGGCACAAAUAAUCUUCUCUCCUACAGGUCUGGUGGACUUGGACACCCAUGGACCAAACUAUUGGAUCUGUGAUGGGAUUAUACAGGUCCAAGGCAAUACAUCAGCAUGGGAGAUUGGCAAUUCUCUGCAGAGGAACAUAAGCCUGGAUUGGGUUAGGAAGAACCCUGAAGGCACAAGAUACUUAGCAGAGUUGAUUACGGGAAACAGUAAUGUUGAUGAUGAUCGCUGGGUUUAUGUCACACACAAGGAUCUGCUGCAGGAUGAUACUGGUGUGCUACGUCCUGGGGUGACAUCCUUCUUUGUGCUUCCCGAUGAACCACCAAUAAAUACAAUACCAGUAUUGCAACCUAGCCUGUUCCAACAUUCACGAAAUAGCAAGCUGCGUGUGUUAUACCUCUCUCGCUGCAGAUUCAGUUUUGCAUCUCCUCCCUUCCUCUGUUGCAGCCAACUAAGAUUGCUCCAUCUGGACCAGUGCACAAAUAUGACAGGUGAUGAUGAGCAUCCAAGCUACAACGAAAACAUAUCAUGUUUCCAGAAGCUAUGGGUGCUGGAACUGAGGUAUACACACUGGUACUGGCUGCUAUCUGAAAAGAUGAAGAGAUUGAUGGUUGAACUCAGGGAGUUAAAUGUGGAGGGAGUCAAACAUGGGAGCAUAAGUGAUUUGUGUGGCGGUAUACCUAGCCUUGUCAUACUUCGAGUAACAGAAGCUUCAGUCCCUACGGAGAACGAAGACACAAAUAAUGAAGCACAAUUUCCCAAUAUGUCCAAUACAAACAGCCUCACCACAUCUAGCUUCAUCAACAACGUCCUGCCUCCACGGCUCGAGUCAUUUAGCUUCAUCAACAAAGCAGAAACUGCAGCCAAGAUAUCUAGCAUCUCCUUCCGGGGUUGUUCUCGGUUAAAGAGUAUACUUCUCAGAGGAAAUUUGGGGAGCCUGGAGGAGCUGGACCUCUCGGGCACAGCAGUGAAAACCCUUGACCUCAGAGAAUUGGAAGCUCCAAACCUCAAGCGUUUCAUCCUUCUGGGCUGUGAGAAGCUCUGUGCAAUAUUAUGGCCACCAGAAAAUAAAAUGACACGAGUUUUGGAGGUGCUGCAUAUCAACACCAUCCGAUCUGCGUUACCUAGCCAAGCUAAUUCAAAAGAAAAGACCAGUGAGGCCAGUUCUGCUAAAAGAUCAUCUAUUCUUCCUGUCGCUGCUACACAACCAGACAUCUUUUCCUGUAAUUGGUACAUCGCUGUAAGGGAUGCAAGGCCCCUUAGGUCUCUUGAACCCCUCGGAAGUAAUUUUCCCUCGGAUGAGAUGCAUAUGGAAAUCAAUUCAUCUCCUGCAAGUAGAGUUGCUGUUGAUGACAGUGAAGUUGCUAAAGGAAUCAGGAGCAUACGGCAGCCUGGUCAUUGUUUAUAUGCAAGGGAUGUCAUCUUUCAAGGCCACCUGCAGGCUGGUGCUGGUAAUGAUGGCAGAGUUAGCUGGAUAUGGGCUUGCCCACCCAGGCCUAAUCUAGAGGAUCUAGACUGGUACGUUCACGUACAAGAUGAACAGGAGAUGAAGGGGGGAUUACUACAGCAAGGACAGAGCAGCAUCGAAGGAACUAGUACAAGUGCUACCAUACCCCCUCGUUUCAUCUGUGAUAUUACUCACACGCUUCAUGUGCAUGAUAGCUCGUCCAUCGCUUGCAUUUCAUGCCCACAAGGUUCCACCUGGGUGUUCCUCCAAUGGUGCCGUGUCGAGAGGUGCCCCAACCUACACUCUGUCUUUGCUACUCCUUCAAACGAUGAUUCCAAUAGGAUGCUUCAACGAUUGGAAACAUUCUGGGUGUCCCAGCUCCCGAUGGCGUGCUACAUCUGGAAGUGGAAUCCUAUAUACCGAACUGAAAGCUAUUCCUUUUGGAGCCUAGUAUUCUUGCACCUGGACUAUUGCCCCAGGCUCAUACAUGUGCUUCCCUUGCCUGAGCAAGUGGGCACCUUCCCUAUGCUGGAGACACUCGAGAUCGUGUGCUGCGGUGAUCUGAAGGAGGUCUUCCCUUUGGACCCUAAGUGCCAAGAGAAGCAGGAAGUUACUGAAUUUCCUGGACUAAGACACAUCCACAUGUACGAGCUCCCCACGCUGCAGCAGAUAUGUGGGUCACGGAUGUCUGCUCCCAACCUUGAGACCGUCAAGAUCAGGGGCUGCUGGAGCCUCAGGCGCCUGCCGGCUGUCAGUGGGAGCGGCACCAUGCGGCCCAAGGUGGAUUGCGAGAAGGACUGGUGGGACAACCUGGAGUGGGAUGGGGUGGAGGCGAACCACGAUCCUUCGCUCUACAAGCUGCGCCACUCGCGAUACUACAAGAAGGCCCACCUGCCAAGAGGCACCAUGCUCAGGUAAUCAAAAAUCGUUUCCUUCCAUGGGUUGAUUGCUACUGGCACACUGACACUAUUAGUUCUACGGUGCUUAAUUACUUGAAGCUUUCCCUGGAGUGCACGGUUUUGUGUGUUGCUGCCUUACUUGAUGCUGCUGGAUUGGUCCGUGUGAAAUCUGCAUCUGCAGUGCCAUGGUGUGGCGGUGCGUAUGCCAGUAUCAGUUUGAUUUGAUUUGAUAUGGCUUGGUUUGGUUGUCAAAGCAAGUAUGCAUCAUCUGGUUCGGUAGAUCAUGCAGGGAACAAGCUUUUGCUUGAGGGGAAUAAAUAAAGAGAGGGCAUUCAGCUUGUGCCUGCUCAUGGUGCUGCUAUACUAUUUGCUCUCCCCUGCGUGUGUUGUGGUGUGUAUGAUUUUUCAGCUAUGGACUAAUUACUGUAAUGCUAAACCAAACCUUUCCUUUUGUUCAUAUAUAUAUAUAAAGUGCAGCUUUUUUGUGUUUUA